AUGCAUAAACGAAUGAGUCGGCUCUACCAGAGUGUCACCACGGCCUUAAUAAAAACCGAUGUGAAACAACCACAGCGUUGUGUUUCGCCGUAUCAUGCAUCAGCUAUCGUUGGUACAACAGCGCGUCUCCGCUGCCGCAUCGAUGGCAGAUCCUGUGGCGCCAUGCACAGCAUCAAAUGGUACAAAUCGGAGUCCAGACUCUACGUCUACUCCAUAUCAGGAAAUACUGCCAUCGACAGACCUGAAGGCCCCAUGAAAGAUAGCAUCAGCCGUAAGCGGUAUGAGUACCUGUGUGACGGCAAUCGAGAUUACUUAUUGCUUGAUGGCAAGCAAUUAGAGCCGCCCAUGGACCCGAAAAAACGGAAGAGUUACGAGUGCAUUCCCGACCUGAUAGAGAUUAGGGAUUUGGAGAUUUUGGUAUUGAGGGGGAUAAGGCCUUCGGUAACCUCACUCACACUGCAAAAUACAACGCUGUGGUUGUUUCACGCCGGUUUUCUGUGUGAUCGUGGUAUCACUCCGGUUGAGCCGAUUUAUUUGUGCCAAAGCAUGGCUGUCCUACACUAG